AUGGCGGACGAAAAUCGCUCGGUUGUGCUGAGGAUAAAACGUAAGAGAACAGAGGACCCAUUGGAUGCACUACGUAAGUAAUGAAGUUUUCUCGUGUUUACUCCAUAUAACCUCCCAUGUUCUUUUUUCUAAGUGAGAAGAACAACUUCUUUUUCCAAAGUAUGUAUCUUUUGGUUCGGUGCUUACUAAGAUUAGAAAAAGUUGCUCUCGCAGUUGUCAAAUUUAAGCUUAAAUAACAGAUGCAGAGAUCAAGUCAAACUAUAUUCGUAUCAUUCUGAGCUCAGCUCUUGAAGCCUUUUAACGAACAACCCAACAACUAGUUUUAUCAGGUUCGUUCCCACUGCUUGGCCUUAUUACAUACAUGCAUGUAAUGUACCGGUCAAAUCGAAGCUUCAACUCCCCCCCCCCCCGGCAACCGCCCGGGCAUUUGCGUUUUUUGAAAAUUACUGUUCAGAUUCCCCCCUACCCGGGCCAAAAUGCCAUUCAAGUGCCCCACACUAGGGUCCAUUCAGGUGAUCAAAUGCCCCCACCCCGGGGACAUUUCACAGGCACAAAAAUGACAGAAGGACGGCGGAAACGCCUUCAGUUGUCGAACAAAAUCUUUAAGAAUAUAACAAAAACUGAGAAACACUGUUAGUGUAUUUACUACAAACAAAAGUCUCGUGCAAAGCGGAGGAAAUCGCUGCUACAAGGUCACUGAAUGCUCAGCUUUUCUUUGUCAUGCAACGAACAUAAAAAGCGUUCUAUAAAAAAAGAUCUCACCUAUUGAGAUUACUACAUCAUGACCAUUUCAUUGACAUGCAUCAUCGUCGCUCACCUUAUUAAUUAACAUACUUGCAGUAGGUCAAAGUAGUUGACCUGAGCUUUUUAUUUUAUUUUAUUUUAUGUUGUUGUAUUGAAUCGCCAGUAUAGGUAUUGUAUUUGAUUGUAAGCACAACAAUAAAAUACGUUCAUACAUUCAAAGCCUUAAUCCAAUGUUAAAAAUUUUAAAAUUUAAAUACUUCAAAUACGGCACAAAGCUUGUUUAAGCCCUUUCCUCGUAACCAAUUUAUUGGCCACAAAGGCACAGUCUUUUCCAUGAAAAUCCUCUAACACCGCGUCCCCCAUAAUAGCUCACCAUGCCAAAGAUUUUACUUGAAAUAGAGGGUGCAGUUCAGUUUGGUGAGAGCGCUCGCCUCCCACCAAUGUGGUCCAGGUUCAAAUCCUAGCGUCGACACCAUAUGUGGGUUGAGUUUGUUGUUGGUUCUCUCCUUUACUCCGAGAGGUUUUUCUCCGGGUACUCCGGUUUUCCCCUCUCCUCAAAAACCAACAUUUCCAAAUUCCAAUUCGACCAGGAAUCAGGUAGACAAAGAACCACUUUGUGGAUGUGCUACCUCCAAAUCAUUAUUUAUUUAUUUAUUUAUUAUUUAUUUAUCUAAUGAAUCACUCUUGCUUGUUGCAGUUGUUGCUCAAGUUUUUAAGAAACCACACAUUGAAAAGGGAGAAGGUAGAGACAAGGACAAUGAAGAAGUGGAUAACAGUAAACAUAACCCAACUAGUGAGUUUCUUAGAUACAUAUAUAGGUACAUUGAUGUGAGCAAGAAAUAACCACUUUCUACAUACAUUUAUAAAUGUUCCUACGCAGUAGUCUUUAGUGGAGAGUUGAUGUACUACUCUCAAUGUAAUCUCUCAAAAUGUUGGGUAAUUAUUAAACUUUAUUGAACUUACUGAAUGGUACGGUUCGAUUAAAUUUGGUAAUCGAACACAAUAAAACCAGAAAUUUGCGUUACAGAUUUGAUUUUUGAACUCAAAGAUUUUGUAGAGUCCUUUUUGCUUGCAAAGAAUCAGGAAAACAGCAACAAAAUCAGCAGAGAAUCAAUAAACAAUCAGCUGAAACAAAGAAUAGAUUGACUGUAGUUUAACUAAAAGAUAAUCCAUGAUCCAGCACUGUUAAUCUUAUAAUGAGCCUCGUCUAAUAUUGUUUACCGUAAAAUUCCAAAAAUAAGCCCCUCCAUGUAUAAGCCCCUCCAAACAUAAGCCCCCCAAAAUCGUAACGCAAAAAACCCUCUGUUAAAUCGCCCCUCCGAAUAUAAGCCCCCCGGGGGGCUUGUACUUGGAAUUUGCCCUCGAAUACAAAGUAAAACAAAGCAAAAAUGGUAAAUUUCCUUCCCACUACAAGCUAGCCCAAUCGAUUUUGAAAUGCAAAUUUGCCUCUGUACAUAAGCCCCUCUGAAUAUAAGCCCCUCCAAGGUAGUCAAAUUACCACAAAGUUAUGUAACAACCGGUAGGGCAUUAUAAUAAAAUGAAACAAAGCUAAUUUUCAACAGUAAUUUUUUGUUGUUGUUAUUCCCCUAAUCUGAUACUUGAGCUGAUACUUUGUGGAUUUCAAGAGUCUGAACAAACUGGGCAAGUCAAGCACCAAGUUUUGUUUGACCUAACAUGCUAGCAAAAUGACUUAAGGUGUCAAGCGAACAGGACGUUAGGGAAACGACUGAUUGGUGAAAUGACCAGUCACCUGUAUAAUAUCCCAAUUUUAGUGAAAUCAAAUGUAUGCCAACUCUGAUAAUUGAUCCUGAUCAAAGUCAAUCAAAGUUCAAGUAGGUUCCAUUACAAAGUUUUUUUGUGAGAGUUUAUUUGUGUCCAGUUACCGAACUUAACUGAACCUUAGUGUUGGUUCAAGCUCGAUUUAUUUUGAUUAUGUCAAGGCCCUCCAAGGGGAGUAGCGGUGCAGCACCCUUUUUAAUACCAUGUCACUUAACCAAUGACUGCAAAUGUCGCUAUCACUUCAAGGUAUCUAAUAGUAAGUGUCUAUAGUCUUUAAAAUAACGUGAGCUGGUGGCUCUGAUGGUCUUGAGAAUCUGUGUUUCUUGUCAUUAUCUUUCCAGACCUGCAUGGUCUUUGACCGUUGGUGUCUGGAUUUCAGUAGAAAUACUGACAAAUCGGUUGGUCAUUAGGUAUACCAAAGCUGUAUGUGGUGCAGUUGAAUUGAAAGUGUUGACGUGCUGAAAAAAGUCUAACAGUUUUGGUUGACAAGUACAAAUACAAUAAAGCUGCAUUCCUAGGUGCACAGAGUUCAAUUGAAACAUUUGCACUUGAAUUGAGGCACUUUGCUGGGGUGUGCAUGGAUGAACAGUCAUAAUACUUAAUGUGUACCUCUCAUUAUUUCUGUGAGAAUGACCUUUAUUUAUCAGGACUGGAUUUCAUAAGUAAAAUCAAAUAAACUCUACUUUUCAAAUUAUUCAAGAUUAACAUCUUUCACGGUAGCCUCAUUUGAAGAAAUGUAUGUUGAUUUGGUUACCACCUGAAACGAGUUACAAACAGGUGAAAAUACCAAACCAUUAGCGGCUGUUGGUUUCAGUCUCACUGUCUGGGGUUUGCAGGAGUAUGUUGGCAGUAUCAGCUCAUUUCCUUUAGCUUUACACCUUUUACUCUCAAUACAGUUUAUGUGCAUUUCCCUUGCCAAUGACAUGAUUGCGGUGGAGCUGCCAAUCAAUCAAUCAACUUUAAUAAAGGGUAAACACAUAACAGCAGAAGCUGAUAAACCAGUGGCCCUCCAACUAAACUAACUAACCUAAAAAUUACAGAUAUAUAUUUACAAUAAUGCUCAAAAAUAAUUAUUAAUAUCAAUAUAAGAAUCAGUAAAAUAAGUUAUCGCAUAGCAGCAGAAGCUGAUAAGCUAGGGGCCCUCAACUAAAUUGACUUACCUAGCAAUACAAUGUCACUGCUGGCAAAGCCGGUGAGAAGAAUGGAGUUAGACUAUCCUGCACGGCUGUGAAACACUGCUUGUGUAGAUAGAUAUAAGCAUCGUCCAAGACUUUUCAGAUGUUUACUUGGUGAUCAUUAAGCAUACUCUGGUUUCCAGGAGGCAAUAAGACUUGGUCUUUUGAUCAAUGUUUAUUUCACAUGUUAUCAGUAAUAAAUAAUAUUACUAUUUUGAGUGCAGUGACAAUCUCGUCCCCAGGGCUUUCUGUAAGAAAAUAACUGGAACCUGCUACAUAGACUGGGGACGAGAUUGGUGUAGUAGAGAGUAGGAAGACACCUGCACUGUGGUAACUCUUAUUCAUGCGCUUGUAAAAGUUUCCGGACCAUUUUAUUCUUACUUUUUCAGGUAAUUUAUACAGUAUAUUAAAGAUGAAACAACAACAACAUGAUAUUAAUUUGAGGAGGACUCGGAAAAAAAAUCCGAGUCCCAGAUGGGAUUUGAACCCACGACCCUCCGUGAUUUAGUCGGAUGCUCUAACAGUCUAACAGUCUCCACUUAUUUGUGAAAUUCACUGUCAUUUUUUAAUGUUUUAAUAAUUAGUAUGUACUUGAGGGAUAAGAAAUUAUUUCUCAUUUAAAUAUCUUGAUGUAAUUUUUAGUUGAGCGAGUUUUCAAGUUUGUUGGAAGUGUUCCUCAAGGAGAUGUUGUCAAAAAGAAAGACUUACUGGUGAGUAAAAGAUCACUUAAAAAUAUUUUUUUGAAUUAUUUAAGCAGUUAGUGUGGACCAUUGUUGACUGUUUCUCUCAUGUGUCAAAGUUAUGGUUCUCUAUUGUUGUUUUGUUAAGAUCAAGAUUCAGAAACAGUCUGGAAGCCAUGAACACCUAGCAAAAUCUCACAUUCAUGAUCAUCAAACAAGACAAGAAAGGCUGCGGCAAAAGAAAAAGGUACACUAUACUUCUUCCCUUGAGCUGAGUGUGCUGUUUCUCUCAAGUUGCUUUUAAUCAUAGUUUUUAUCAGCCCAAGUUUGCAUGGCAGUAAAUUGCUUUUCUGAGAUUAUUGGCUAUGGUUUUCCAGCCAUAUUGUUUUGAACUGGGGUAUGAGUGAUGCAAGGGGUCCCUGUGCUAGUUUCUAGGUUAACCUAAAAAUCUUGGGCAGGAUUGAACUCUUUUCUCCUGUAAACUUUCUUUUGUUCAAAUUUGCACAGCUGAGUGAAAACAAUGCAUUGAUAUUAGCAAACAUCUUUCAAAUUUUAUCAGUGCUACCUGGUUAUGAAGAUUUAGCCAGGUGAAUCAAAAUUACUGGAGAAAUAUUUAUUUAGUGAAUAAUAUUUACGAGUAUAUGGUAACAAAAACAAAAAAAUGCAGUUCUAUACACUAAGCAUUUGACUUCAUUAACAUAUUCACACUGUUCUGAGUAAUUCUCCAAGGACUGCUAACCCCUAAGUUUAACAUCGUGCUACAAAACCUGGGAUAAUUCAUGGUGCUGAUUUGUCCACUACAUACUGUACACUGUACAUGUACCAUUCCCCGUCACUUUAACCUAUUCACAUCCACUUGGCACCAAAUGCUGGUUGUUUAAGCAAUCAGGCAGUAAUUUAUGUUACAUUGUUAAAUAAUUGAAUGUCCAUUUACAUUCAAACAACAUAUAUGGAUAGAACCAUGUUCUUUUCCCCUAGCUUUUAAAUCAGGAAGCAAGAUUUAAGGUUAUUUCUUCACACAGAGAGAAUGAAGCGGAGUCAUCCAGGUGUGGUUACAUUACAUUUUUCAGUUAUUUAAUGAUCUGCCAUACCUUUGUAAUUUAGUUUAGAGUUCAUCAUUUGUUUUCAACCUUCCAUGGUUCCAACCUUGUUAAUUAUGUUACUUUUUCAAGGUGCAUUUCAAAAAUAAUUUGCUUAAAGUCAUGCUAGAAACAGCAAUGUCAACUGAUUUUGAGUCGUGUUUUAUUACAAAAAGUAGCACAAAUAUAGUUGUAUUCACCAUGUCAAACAUUGGUACAAGGUUGUUUUUUUUUGAGCUGUGGCCUUGUGUUAAACAACACUUGUUCGUAAAGCUCUUUACAAACAAGAAACAGUGCCCAUGAGGUUAUACAUUAACAUGCAGGUGGGAUAUGAUUUACUACCCUUGUUAUGUCAAAAAUUCAUUUGCCCUGCUCUUCUUUUAAAACCACGACCCAGCUUUUCAGGCAAUGUUUUGGGAACUACAUUAGAUAUUACCCUCUCAAAGAAGAAAGGAAUAAAACCUCAUGUAAAAUUAAUCACCAGGGAUUAAAUUCUUUAACUAAGUGAAGCAAAAACAAACUCUCCUUGACUUAAUGUACUAUUUGACAAAUAAAUUAAAUUUUCAGAUAAUUGUUUUGCCUUGUUAUAGACCAAGCAUGAGAUCAAGAUGACUGGAUAUUGGCCAAGUUCUUUUUUGUGUUUUUAUUGACAGAGAUGAAGCUGAGGUCAAGAAAAAUGCAAAAAAGAACAAGGCUAUUAUUCACCUUGAUCUAACAAGCUUGAUUAAUAAAGGAUUUAUUAAUGGCCAAAAAGAGAACGUUUACUUGGGGGAAUAACAUGGUAAAUCCCAAGCAGGCAAGAUUGGCCCAUCUUGCCUGUUUGGGUUGCCAAUCAGAAUGCAAGAUUCACUUCACCUUGCCUGCUCAUGGAUUUAGAGACAUAGAUAUGAUGUUAUUACCUUUGCUCAUUUACAAGCUAACAAAAUAUCAUGGUCUUACUUGGAAAAGAAGAAUUCUGCAUUUCCUGAACCCAUGACCUUCCUGAAAGCAUAGUGUUCUGACCAGCUUCAUUCCGUUCACGGGUUUGAUUGCUGUUGGAAAAUUAUAAUUGUUUCCCGAGCUAGACAGUGUUAUUCCAUUCACACUCAUUUAGUUAAUUUUGUUUUUUGCAGCCAUUUAGUUGGUACCAGUGGGAUGUGUCAAGAAUCUGAUAUUUCCAGUGUUGAUCAGUGUGAGGAACUUGGUGUUGAAGAUGAUGUGGAUCUUGAGGUUCAGAGACUGUUGAGUGUUUACGAUUUGGUGAAAGAUGAUGAAUCACGUGACAGGUUAAGAAAGUUUUGAAAACUCGUAAAAAGGCUUUAUACGCCCUUUAGGAAAUCUUUGUUUACAUUUUUUGCCUCUUUUUAUCAUAUGCUUGUCAUCAUUCUCUGAUUAAGCUAUCAAAAUAACACUUUUGAAUAUUGAAAGAGCCACUAAGUUCUUGCAGCACAUCUUGCAUGUUACAAUGUCAUCUUUUAUAUGUCAACGUAAGCAUUAUGGCAGAAAGUGUAAAUCACAACAUCACAACACAUUUCACAUGGCAUGAAAAAGCAAAAAAUAUUUGCAAAAUUAUACAAAAUCUAUUCAACAGUCACAACGCUUUCUUUUGUUGAUCACCCAUUUUUCCUUGCUUUACUGGGUCGAGUUUGUUAAGAAUUUUCAAGGAGUUCGAAAAAGGAUUUGGUUAUUUCACAUACUUAGAAUAAGGAAAGCAAUUAUUCCUCCCAGUGUCACCACUUCUCACCUUAAUAUUAUGUGUCAUGCUUCAAACCAGCAGAGAAAAGAGAGAAGAAAGAAAAGAAAGAAAAAGGCAGCAGUCAGAGGAUGUAAAUGCGAUCCUUUGCAACUCUGUUAAGAUGAUCCGUGAAAAGUUAACAGUGUCUGAAGGUAGGUUUUUUAAUUUGUCAGUCACUCUCUUUAUCCUUGAGAAGAAUACCUUCCCCAAUAUUUUAUGGUGGGUCCCCUGGGUGAGAUGGGUUGAUUCAUCAGCAUCUUUCUUAUAUUGUUCUUUUUUCAGAAUCUAAAACAGAAGAGAAAGCAUUGGAGAAGGAGGGAUAUGUUUAUGACUUUUAUUACCCAAGUGAUAAUUAUGGAAGGCUUGGUGAUAUGUAAGUGAUGAGCUGAAUAUAGUUUUACAGUCAGUUCUGUAUUUGCAUAUCUCCCACAAUACAUCUUGUUUGCCCCCAAAAUUUUGUAUGAGCUAUUGUCUUUUGGGACACGACUGUAGUACCCCCAGGUACCAGCUGACCCACUUGAUUGAAGGCUGAUGAUCAGUGCUAAACCUUGGGGUCAAAUAUUAAUCAGAGUUUUGUUUUCUUUUGGUCAAAACUUUUUCUUGGACAAAUUUCUCUAUUCUUUUAGAGCAUCAAAGAACAAAUAAAUGAAUUUAGUGGGCCAUUGAACGGCUUGCUCGAUCGUAUGUGUUGUUAAUUUUUUAUCGAUGUCCUCCCCAAUUCUGUUUUUGCAUUUCUGUUUCUAAAGUAUUGUAAUUCUUGUUAGUUGUAUUGCUAAUUUUCUUUUUUUUGUUCUGGUCCUCGUAGUGGAGCUUGUUCUGUGAGCGAUCCAGGCCUCUUGGCGAAGUUUAUAAAUAAAUAAAGAAAUGAAUGAAUUCAACUUACGUUUCAUUAAGCUUUCAUAUCUGAAUUCAUAUUUUGCACUAACCCUGGGUUACCUUGACCCAUCUUUGAACACUCUGGCCAUGCAGAAAAAAAUAAGGUUAUACAAGAUUUAGGUGUGGGUGGGGGGGGGGGGGGCAAACAUAACAAGGUGAAUUUAUAGAGAUGUGCAAAAAGCGAAUUGGUCUGAACUGAUUGAUUUCCACGCCUGUACGUAGCAAAUCUCGUCUUUCAGUUUAGGUGUCUCUGUUGUUCAUUCAUGGUCGUAAAACAGGAAGCCUAUUUUGUAUUAUUCUUUUUACGUAUCAUAUUUACUUUAUCUUGUAGUGUUGAGGUUUUGCCUUUUGAUCCAGACCUUGUUCAUGAAGCUCUUCAAGAAGAUUUUGAUGAAAUUUAUGAUGACGAAGAUGACUCUAAUGGUUGGUAAAUGGAGUUUAAUGUCAGGAAUAUUUAAAAGCUGUAUUUGUUUGUGCUGUUGUUUCUCGAUUCUCAGACCUUUCCUUUAAUUCAUUCUCGCUGGUACAUUCGAGUGAGUAAAAUAAGUGUGGGCUGAACGAACAUCUAUAACUUACAAAAGUGAUACUCACGCUGACGUCACCUAGUGAUAGGGGUGAUGUGCCAACCAGAAGCGCAUUGGUUCUUAAAACAAAAGAUUCUAUUGUUUCACUUGUUACAAAUUUUAAUAACAAAAACAAUGCAUGUAAACAGUGAUGUCUCUUUUCAAACAGAACUUAAACUUAGGUCAAACUAUCAAGUCUUGAGUAUAGAUUGGUUGACUCUAACAGUGUGGCUUCAUUGAAUCUCUAAGAAUUGUUUUGGAAUUAUUCUUUGUUGCAGAUGAAAGUAACUGGCGAAAUGAUUACCCUGAUGAGAACGAAGGUCUGUCAGACUCGUCACAAGAGAGAAGAUUUUAUGAAGAUUAUGGCUUUGAUUCUGGUAAGCAGCAAAACUCAAUCUUUUUCAAAGCUAUUAGGGAGGAAAUAUAUUGCUAAUAAUCAUCAUUGUCAUCACGUUUAUUAUCUUCAUCAUCAUCAUCGUCAUCUAGUCUCUUCGGAUGUAAAGUUAACUUGUUCAAAGACUCGGCUAAAAGGGCUGAACAAUGUUGUUUUUUAGAUGAAGGAUACAGAAGAUAUGCUUUUGACGAGGAUCUUUCGGAAGAUGAUGACUGACCUGAAAAACGGUUUCUGGAAAGCGAAGAAUUGGAAUUCGUAUGGACAACACUGCAUGACUUGAAAGCAAUGCCAAUUCACUCUGCAAAUUACACGCAUUGAUCAGAAUUGACUCUACAUUAAUUCUUUCACCCGAGGUAGUAGGAUAUCAUCGCGUCUGAAUGGGAUCGCACUUGUAGAGCGAAAAAAAGCAGCCAUUCUGCAGUGUAUCGAGGACAUUAUCAAUGUUAAUGCACGAAUGAGCGCCCCCUCCCACCCUUGAGGCUCAAAAUUAAUGCCCAAGGCUCCCCUAGAGCGAGAAAAGACAGUAAAGUGAUAAGGAGACUACAGAUUUGUGUUUCUUUCUACAGAUACGUUUUAGUGUAGUUUGACAGUCCCCGUGUACUUGAAAUAAAUUAAGGUUGUUAUUAUUUAGGUUCUAAAUUUGAAAAAAGAACGUCUCCUGUGGACUAAAAUUUUUUGAUAAGCGCGGCUCGGGUACUAACUUGCACAUUUCAGUUGAGUUAGGAUUGCUGUUAAGCAAAAAAAAACAUAAUGUACAUUCUAAAAAUCCCUGCUCUUUUUCUGGUGCAUUUUCAUUUGUGUUCCAAGUCUUAAUAAACGAUAGAAACCAGUGUUGACGAGAGAGUAUCCCUAGCCUCUGGUUCAGUAGGGCCAAUCCGCACUAGCAGACAAAUUUGAAAUUGUUUUUGAAAAAUCUAAACCAAAAAUUGCAUGGUGACAAUUUUUGUGUUGAAAAAAUUUAUUCGCGCUGGAAACUGUUCACUCUUAACAGGCAGUCGCAUCUAUCAUUACUUAAUGGAAAGAAUAAUGGCUUUAGGGUUAGGGACCUUUGAAGAUUGUCCCGUCUGAGACAAAACUUCUUAAAAAUAGCGACA